AUGUCACUAUUUAUCAACCUCGACAGCCAAUCGGGUGCCACCGUCAGAGGCAUGCUCUUCGGCCCUCCACUGGAGCACCUACUUCUUCCCCUUACCGACCCUGGCGGCAGCGGCCAGGCUCUCUUCGAGGGCCGUCGCAUUGCACGCUUUGACGGAGAGAGAGAAACACUGGUAUACGAUGACGAUGAACGGGGCGUUGUUGAGCGACGAGCAGAUGGAAAUGGGGCAAGGAACGGGGUAUCUGGCUCAGAAGUUGGUCGGACUUAUGAAGGUGGAUAUCGAAGAGGAUUGCCGGAGGAGAGGUCAGCGGUGGGGACGGCGGGCGGAGACUUCGAAAGGCAGAGUUGGUGGGUUGCAUAG